UUUACUGAUUAGGUGCGGGGCAAAUGUGAUUAUUCUGAUAAAUGACAUACAUGAAUAUCCUGGAGUUUAGCCUGUUAGAGAAUGGGUAAUCUAUUCAAAAGGACGACUAAGGCAUCAGAACCUGAUAAAGAUGUACAUGGUUUUAUCUAUGACAUUUGGAAAUCAAACAAAACAGAAACCUUUUCAAAGAAUUUAAAACGCUAUCUGUACAGAAAAGGAUAUAACACGCCAAUUACAGAUUGUUUUGACGAUGAAUUUCAUGAAGGCGGUAACAGUCCAAUCAUUGCAAUAUGUUUACUGCACUCUAGGCUUGAAACCGACGUCAACUAUACAUUAGAAAACUUAAAUAGUGAACAGCAAAAGCGAAUUAUCCUUAUUCUGCUACAUUAUCGAGAAGAGGACACAUCGAUCUCUUCAAAAGACUAUCAAUUUAAAAAAAAAUAUCAUGGAAUGACUAUACACAAUUGUUUUCUUCAACAAGAUCAUAAAAACAUUGAAGAAGUGAAUAAAGACAUUUGUAAAGACCUUGCAAGAAGAGAAAUAAAUGAAAUACGAAAGAGCUUAAAGGCACCGUGAUAUGUUUCUGCUGAAUCAUAAUAAAUAUAAAUGUUGUGUUUAGUAUGCAUAUAACGAUGUUCAAUAAAUUUGAUAUAGAUCGUAUUUGUCGAUUUAUCAGGAAGUAUCUUUUUAAAAGACACUUGACCAAAUUAAAACUGGUUAUUUUGUACAUGUUAUUUCUAUGUUGUCAAUACAUAUUUAUCUAUUUAACAGAAUAAACAAUAUAAUAAUGUCUUUUUUAAUGGCACACAGUGAGAUGUAUGAGUUCUUAUUGUCUGUUUCGGUAAGUGUACUCAAUUUCUUACACUAACAUCUACUCAGUCGGUAGGCAAUUAUAUUCGUAAAUACUUGAUUAAUGAAUAUGCAAAACUAUAUGCAAACUAUUAAUAUAUACCAAUUGAACACAUUGAUGAUUACAUGGACACGUAUUGAACAUCAUAAACUGUGGGUACCUGAUAAGUGUGGUUUUCAUUUUUUCAGGUGCAAGAGUAAAAUUACAGUAUCUAUAAUGUGAUUGGUGGUCUCGUUAUUUUGGACAAAAUUUACAGCUCAGUAAGUUCUUGUGUUAAAUAAACUGAGUGAAUUCUAAUAGAAAUUAAUUGUCCACUAGAAAAUAUAAUGAGACCCUUAAAGAGUUUUGUGAAGGAAAUAUUUUUAAACAAAACUUAGAUAACUUGAAGUUUAAAAGACUACUAGUAUUCUGUACAGUUUAUUUUAUAUUGUCAUAAGCUAUCCUUUGUAUUUUGUUUUAGA